AUGCCGACCCAUUUCCCGGUACAGUCUAUGAGACCAAUGCCCACCGGGAAGCCCUUGACGCUGCCCAAGAUUCAGGCUUCAUUUGGCAAGGAGGGCGGCAAAGAUCGCGAGAUCCGCCUGAAGAGACAGCAAGCUGUCAAGUCGUCGUUGAAGCGCUGCUGGAAAGCGUAUGGGAAACACGCCUGGCUGGAAGACGAGCUCACUCCCGUUAGCGGCUCAUCGAGGAACACCUUUGGGGGGUGGGGAGCAACAUUGGUGGACAGCUUGGACACGUUGUGGAUUAUGGGACUCCAGGAAGAGUUCGAGCAAGCUGCGACUGCCGCCGUCGCCAUCAAUUUUGAGACGAGCACGUUUGAGGAAGUCAACGCAUUUGAGACGACGAUCCGGUACCUGGGGGGGUUCCUGGCGGCGUAUGACCUCAGUGGGGAUACGAGGUUGUUGCGCAAGGCUCGCGAGGUUGGCGACAUGCUGUAUAAGGCCUUCGACACCCCAAAUAGAAUGCCGAUGCCACGUUGGAACUUCGCGAAGGCCUUGGCGAACACGGCUGGGGAAGCACCGCUGCGAGCCUUGGUGGCCGAAAUUGGGUCGCUUUGCAUGGAGUUCACGCGACUUUCUCUCGUGACGGGGAAUCCGAAAUGGUUCGAUGCAACUGAGAGAAUCACAGACGCCCUCAAAAGCCAACAGAACGAGACCCAGCUCCCGGGCAUGUGGCCGAUCACCGUGAAUCCUUUCAAGAUGAAGUUCACCGACGACAACACCUUUUCUCUAGGGGCCCGGGCGGAUUCGACCUUUGAGUACUUACCCAAGAUGGUAGCCUUGACCGGAGGGCUCUUGCCCGACUAUGCGGGGAUGUACGAAGAUGCUAUGAAAACGGCGAUCAAGUACAACCUCUACCGUCCCAUGGUUCCUGACGAGGCCGACAUACUCAUCGCCGGCAGUGUCCAUACUUCGGAGCAGGACGGUGAGAUUGUCACUGCGCUGGAGAGCGAAGGGCAGCAUCUGGUGUGCUAUGCUGGAGGCAUGCUCGCCAUUGGCAGCAAACUGCUCAACAUACCCGACCAUCUCGAAACGGCGCGCAAGCUGGUCGAUGGUUGCAUCUGGACGUACAAGUCCAUGCCGCUCGGCAUAAUGCCCGAGACUUUCUUUAUGGACCCAUGCGAAUCACAAUCGAAGUGUCCCUGGGACGAAGUCCGGUGGAAAACGGCUGUCUUGCUUCAUCAUAAAAAGUCCGGUGAUCUUACUCAAGCCGACGAGCUCAUUUCCAAGAACCGUCUGCCCAAGGGAUUCACGAGCAUCCCCGACACUCGUUACAUUUUACGACCGGAAGCUAUCGAGAGUAUAUUUGUGCUCUACCGGGUGACAGGCAAGAAGGACUUACUCGAAUCGGCGUGGGCCAUCUUCCAGUCGAUCCAGAAAUACACCGAAACGGACCUGGCCAAUUCUGCCUUGAAAGAUGUCACCAUCGCGAACGGCGAUCCACUCAAGAUGGAUUCGAUGGAAAGCUUCUGGAUGGGCGAAACGUUGAAGUAUUUCUAUUUGAUAUUCAGCGAGCCUGAUCUCAUCAGUCUCGACGAGUUCGUGUUCAACACGGAGGCCCAUCCGCUGAGAAGGCUGGGUGCAUGA